AUAAAUUGUAAUUAACGAUGGCUAGAAAGUAUGGAAAGGAUAGAGGAGAAGAAGGCGAGACUCAUGCUAUACGACUUCCUGGUCUGCUUUUAGAUCAGAUCAAAACAAGGGAAGAUAAGGGAGAAUAUGUUGGAGAUGAAGCUAGAUAUAAUCAAUUUACAUCUACAAGUAAGAAAAGAAAAGAACCUCAACUUUCUAGAAAAGAUAGAAGAAAACAAGAGAGACAAUCCAAGAAGCAAAAGAAGUCCAAUGGGAAACCUUCAAAAGUUGAAAAUGGGAAAAAACAUCAUAAUUCUAAUGGAGUCAAGCAUAAUGAAGAUGAUCCAUUAGCUAAACUUAAAGCCUUAAAGGAAGCUAAAAAGGAUCCCUUAACCGCAUUAAAGGAAUUGAAAUCGAAAAAGAAAGAGAAUAAGAAAGAAGAAUCAAUAAGAGUCGUCAAAGAAGAUGAAUUGGAAGAAGAUGAGGAUAUUUCAGAUUUUUCAGAUUUUGAUGAAGAAGAUAAUGAAGAAGAAGAAGAAGAUCCUAUGGCUGCAUUAAAAGCAUUAAAAGCAUUAAAAGCAAAGAAAAAUAGUCACGAAGUUUCUGAAAUUAGAAUUGUGAAGGAGGAUGAUUUGAGUGACGAUGAUAUCAGUGAAGAAAUCGAUAAUGAGGAAGAACAGGAGGAGGAAGAAGAAGAAGAAGAAGAAGAGGAAGAAGAGGAGGAGGAAGAAGAAGAUGAUUAUGAAGACGAACUCGAAGAUGAUGAGUUUUCUGAUGACGACGAAGACCUUAUCGAUGAUGAUGAGGAAGAAGAGGAAGAGGAUGAAGAAUUUGGAGGGUUUGAGGAUGAUGAGAACUCUGACAAUGAAGAAGAAAAUUCCGACUAUGAAGCAGAUCCCUUGGCUAAAUUAAAGGCUAUCAAAGAAGCUAAGGCAAAAGCAUCUAAGAAGAAUUCUAAAUCUGAAGAUAAACCUGAUCGAAUUAUUUCAGCUCAAGAACAAGAAUUACUUGCCAGAGAUGAAGAAGAUAUAGAUUAUUAUGCUAAAAAGUUAGGUAUUAAAAAUGGUAAGAAGGGUAAAUUAUCUAAACUUGACGAUGAAGAUGAUAUUGGAGGAUUAUUAGAUGGACUUGAUUUGGAUUUUGGAGGUUCAGAUGAAGAAAACUAUAGUGAUGAUAUUAACCAUAUAUCGGGAGAUGAAGAUGAUUUUGGUUCAGAUUCAGAUUCAGAUUCAAAUACUAGAGAGAACCCAUAUGUUGCACCAACCAAUGAUAAUUCUUCAGAGGGUGAAGAAGAGGAAGAACAAGAACAAGAGGAAGAGAAAUCCUCAUCGACUAGAUAUAUUCCACCCGCAUUACGUAGAAAGCUCGCAGCUGAAGGUGAGGGAGUAUCAGAAGAGAUUGUUAAUUUAAGAAGAUCAAUUAAAGGUCCAUUGAAUAAAUUAUCUGAAGCCAAUAUUGGAACUAUUGUUAAUGAUUUAAAUCAAUUAUUUUUAUCUAAUCCAAGACAUACAGUUAAUGAAGAAUUAACCAAUACUAUAUUAGAUAAUAUUAUUCAACAAGGUAGAUUACUUGAGAAUUUUGUUUACCUUCAUGCCGUAGUUAUUGUCGCCCUUUAUCGAUUACAAGGAGUGGAAUUUGGAGCAUACUUUAUUCAACUGUUAGUUGAAAAAUUUGAAGAAUUUUCUCAAGAUUCAAAUAAGGAUAAACAAGCAUCAAAUAUAAUAUCAUUAUUAUCAUCAGUAUAUUUAUUUCAACUUGUUUCAUCUAAAUUAUUAUAUGAUAUAAUUAAAGAAUUAAUUAAUAAAUUAAAUGAAUCUAAUUCUGAAUUAUUAUUAAGAUUAAUUCGUAAUUCAGGAAAUCAAAUGAGAUCAGAUGAUCCAACAGCAUUAAAGGAAAUAAUUCUUAUGAUUAAUAAUAAAGUUCAACAAAUUCCUAAACAAGAAAUGUCAGCUAGAAUGGAUUUUUUAAUUGAAACAAUUAAUUCAUUAAAACAAAAUAAAUUAAAGACAAUUGAUGAAAGUUAUCAUCAAUUAAGUAUUAGAUUAAAGAAAUUUUUAGGAGGAAUUAAUAAUAAUAAAUAUGGAGAUUCAAUUAGAGUAUCAUUAAAUGAUAUUCGAAAUAUUAAAUCAAGAGGUAAAUGGUGGCUUGUUGGAUCUGCAUGGAAGGGAUUAGAUGAAGUUGAAGGUGAAUUAGAAAAGAAUGUUAAUGAAGCAGUAUUAAAUGAUAUAUUAGAUAAUGCAGAACCAAAUUGGAUGGAAUUAGCUAGAUCUCAAAGGAUGAAUACUGAUAUUAGAAGAGCUAUAUUUAUUUCAAUUAUGUCAGCUAAUGAUUAUAUUGAUGCGUUAACAAAACUUGAUAAAUUAGCCUUAAAGAGAUCCCAAGAACGAGAAAUUCCUCGAGUAUUAAUUCAUUGUACUGGAGUUGAACCAGCUUGGAAUCCAUAUUAUGGAUUAUUAGCAAAAAAAUUAUGUGAUAGUCAUAAUUAUAGAAAGACAUUUCAAUUUAUGCUUUGGGAUUUAUUAAAAGAUUUUGAAGGAUCAAAUGAAAAAGAUGAAGAUGAACUUGAAGGACUUGGAUUUGAUUAUAGUGGAGAUAAUAGUGAUACUAAAUUAAAACGAGUAUUAAAUUUAGGGAGAUUUUUUGGUUAUUUAAUUGCUGAAGAAGCUUUACCAAUUCAUUUAUUAAGAACUAUAAAUUUUUUAACAGCAUCAAGUGAUACAGUCUUAUUUAUGGAAGUAUUAUUUGUAACAUUUUUAGAUAUUAUUGGAAAAAAAUCUCAAGUUAAUUCUAUUGGUACCGGAUUAUCUAAAUCUAAAUCUAAAUCUAAUCAUUCAGAUUAUAAAUAUGAUGAUAGAAAACUUAUUGAAAUAAUUAUGAAGGCAAGAGAUCAAACAACGCUUUUAAGGGGUAUUCAAUAUUUUUCGCAACAAAAAGUUAAGAAUAGUAAUAUUAUUUCUGGUAAGAAACAGAAACAUAGAAUAGAUUGGGGGGUUAGAGCAUUAAGUGAUAUUAUUGAAGAAUUUAUUACUUCAAAGGGUAAUUAAAACUAAAAAAUAAGUAUAUAUAUAUAUAUAUACAUGUAUAAUUAAUUAACUAUGGACAU